UUAAUAUGUAAUGAUCAUAAAAUGUCUAAACAGAUUCCAUAUUUUGAUUACGACCCUGAAGAAAUGAUGUUAAAAGGGAUGAAUGAUAUUUCUAUCCGCACAAAAGAAAAGAAAGGUCAUAUGAUGGGGUAUGGUUGUGUUCUGUCUGUGGUGGUUGUGGUGGUGGUGGUGGUGGUGGGCAUUCUAAUUCUCUCAGUUUUCUUGUCAAAGGUCUUUUCUUCUGCCCUCUCUCUCUCUCUCUCUCUCUCUCUCUCUCUCUCAUUCACAGACACACACACACAUACACAUAACUUGCAGUUAUCUUUCGGCCAUUGCCAAUUGAACCGUCACAUCGGUCUCCUAUUGCACGUUUCUAAUCAAAUUUCCAGAUGGUAUUUGCCUUUUCUGUCUUCGUUGUGGUGUUAAAUCCCACAGAGAGAGAGAGAGAGAAGAACCCAUUGAUUAUUGCUUCACGUUCUCUCUUCUUCUUUUGCCUUUUAUUGUAAAGCUCAUCCUCCCCCCGUUCAAAAGAAAAAAAAAAAUCUCCUCACCAACAUCUUCUGGCCUCUCACAAAUCCAAUGCGAAAACGACAGAUGAUGGGCCAAAAAAAAAAACACUAUGGCCCAUGCAAGUUUCGAACCCGGCUGAUUGGCCAUCCCUUCGUCACUUUCCUGCACCUAAAAAAACACUUUAAAAACAAAACUGUCUAUAUAAAGAGCACAAAGAAAAGGGCUUACAACCUGCCACAGAGAGAGAGAAAGAGUGAUGAGAGGUCAUGAGCCAAGGUCAAGCUCCUCUUGCGCAGCCUGCAAGCUGUUGAAGAGAAGAUGCGUCCCUUCCUGCAUUUUCGCUCCUUACUUCCGCUCUUCCGACCCUAAAACCUUCGCCAAAGUCCACAAGGUCUUCGGGGCCAGCAACGUGAGCAAGCUCCUCGUCGAGAUUCCUGAAGAUCAGAGACAGGAAACUGUCAAUUCCUUGGCUUACGAGGCCGAGGUUCGGCUCAAGGACCCUGUCUAUGGUUGUAUCGGAGCCAUCGCUUCCUUGCAGAGGAAGAUGCUUGAGCUUCAACAUGAUCUCGCCAUUGCUCGCUCUCGCCUUGCACGGGCCACUCAGGUUUCCGUCUCCGAUGAUCCGGCCGCUUCGUUGGCUGGGGUUCUUGACAUUGUGCCUGGUUAUAGUGAGUUGAUGUUGCUUGAUGGGUUUACCUUUGAUUGCUCUUUGUAUGAUCUUGGACAGUCCCCUUUUGUAUAGGCUCCCCGUUCUCUCGCUCUCUCCCUGUUUCUCUUUUUUGUGCUUUCACUCUGGUAUUUGCUUACAAGUAAUCGAGAAUCUGUGUUUCUAACU